AUGCGUUCAUUCGUUACUCUCCUCGCUUUUGCUGCUGCUGCCACUGCAGCUACUUCCACUCUCGCCGCAAGGGAAGAUGCUCAGACCUGUGCUAUGCGCACCCUCCUUACCAGCAGUGCAUGCAACACCGGUGAUGCUGCCUGUCUCUGCUCUGAUGCUGCACGCCAGUCUGUCAUGGAAGAGAUUAAGUCUGCCUGUGGCGCUGAACAGAGUGACUUAACCAACAGCAUGGCCACUGAAGCAUGCAGCGCCCAAAAAGUGCGCCGUGCCACCCAGCCCUCUGCCACAGUCGUGCACAUGGGUCUCGCAACCCCCUCUGCCUCAGCAGCGGGCCGCGUUAAUGGUGCCCAGGAGGAAGCAUGCACAUGCGCCAACACCAACACCAAAUCUAACACCCCUUCUGCGCCUUCUGAAAACAACACCCAGGACCCCAAGGAAGAAGAAUCAGAAAUGACCGGAACCACAUCCCACGGUUCCAACACACCUUCUGGAAAUUCUGCUCAAAGCAGUCGUAUGAAUGCUCCCAGCAUGAUGGCUACACCCGCCGCUUCCUCUGCUCGCCACGGCGCCAUGACUACCCCCUCCGCAGCAUCAUCUUCUCGCGUCGCUCGCCCAAGUGGUGCGGAUGCAUACUCUUCCUUCAAGGGUGCUGGAAGCCAAAUCAUUCCUAGCUUGACUGUUGUUGCUGGUGGUGUCUUGGCUGGUGUUGUUGGCGUUUUCGCUGCUUUGUAA